AUGCACAGGCGGCGUCACAGCACUAAGAACGCCCAGACGAACCGCUUUAGCCUACUGCUGCUCGAGGACGGCGAGUUCUUCCUCGAUGAUCACAGUGCGUGUCGAUUUUUGGAGCCUAAUGCUUUCACGCACCGCAGAGUAUUCGGCAGAAUCAAAGUCUGCACGCGUGGAUUGUUCUUCGUGCCGCAUGAUCUCCUACUUCCAAUUCUUCGCUUCCCUUUUCGCAGUAUGGUGUUCGAACCUAUGAAACAAGUGAUUGAAAUGCGAGAACGAGGUAUCGAUCACCCAUACAUCUACAAAGACACAACAGACGGAAUGGAAAUCACUAACACUAAUAGCGAUAUCCGAAGCAACAGCAGCAGCAGCUUGAACGGGGAAGUGCCGGCCAAGUACAUUUUCACUCUGCAACAUGUGACGUACGAGGCUUUUCUUGCGAGUAUCCACGUCAUCUUCGAAGUGUCCAACUUGCCACGUCGAAUGAUAACCAAGACAGAAGAAGAAACCUUGUUAGCUCCCGUCCUAGCUCCAAGGAUGACGGACAAGUUCGAUCCGAGCUUGUUAAUCGACUUCCGAGAACGAUUACUCAUGGAAACGGGGUGUGUGGCUAGUCGCAUCGAGCCGCUACUCAAGUUCCCUGGUUGUCUUAUGCUGACAACGUUGCGGCUGUAUUUCCAGCCAUCUUUGCUUAAUAACGUGCUGGACCCGGUACUGAACUGGGAGUAUACCAACAUUGAUCAGGUAUACAAGCGGCGCUAUCUGCUGCGACAGAUCGGACUGGAAAUUUACUUACGAAACGGCGACAGCUUCUUCUUCUCGUUUCGCUCUCGACCCGAACGUGACGACUUCUACGCUCUCAUGGUGGGUCAGCCAGAGCUACAGCGCUGUCGUCGGAAAGAUCUGCAGAAUAUGAUGCGCAAGUGGCAACGUCGUGAGCUCUCAAAUUUUGAGUAUUUGAGAUUCCUGAACAAUGCCUCGGGUCGGACUCGCAAUGAUCUGACGCAGUAUCCGAUUUUCCCGUGGAUUCUCUGUGAUUAUACGGGCUCGGAACUCGAUCUGAACGAUCCGAAAGUGUAUCGAGAUCUCUCAAAGCCUAUCGGGGCGCUUAAUGAAGAACGUCUUGAGUAUUUUAAAGCAAGAUUCGACGUGAUGCCUCGUGGUGAUGAAGCGGAAGGAAUGCCACCGCCGUUUCUGUAUGGCACGCAUUACUCGACUCCCGGUUACGUGCUGUAUUUCCUGGUUCGGAAAGCUCCGGAAUGUAUGUUGUGUCUGCAAAGUGGGAAAUUUGAUGCUCCGGAUCGACUGUUCCGAAGUAUCAAGAGGACUUGGGACGGCUGUGUGUCCAAUCAUACCGAUGUUAAGGAACUUAUUCCCGAGUUCUUUGAUUGCGCACUUCCAGCCGACGAAUGGCUGAGGAAUCAGAAGCAUCUCGACUUGGGAACGACGCAGAGUUUUGACCGUGUUGAUGACGUGGAGCUCCCGCCUUGGGCUCAUGGAAAUGCAAUCGAGUUCGUUCGGAAGAAUCGCGCUGCACUUGAGAAUGACUACGUGUCCGAGAACUUACAUCACUGGAUUGACUUGAUCUUCGGCUACAAGCAACAAGGCGAAGAAGCUGUGAAGGCCAAUAACUUAUUUUACUAUUUAUCUUACGAGGGAUCAGUCGAUUUAGAAACUAUCGAUGAUCCGGUGGAGAAAUCGUCGCUGGAAGCACAGAUCCAAGAGUUUGGCCAGACGCCGAAGCUUUUAUUCUCUACGCCCCAUCCGUCACGCAAUGAGGGCGAAGGGAAGAUUGAAGUGGCAUCUCCGGACUUACUCUUAUCACCUCGCGUUGUGGUUCCUCGUAUCCGCAGAGUCUCGAUUCCUCUUACUAAUGCGUCGGAUUUCCGUCCUCAUCAUCGGAAAGAAUUCACUUUCAGUGCAUUCGAGGACUACACCGAGUCAGAAGAUGAAGUUGAGGAGGAUACACCGAGUUAUCGCCGGAAAAGUCGACAUCAGUACAGUCUAAUAUGCUGUCAGAGCUCGUGGAAUCGUCUUCCGAAGGCAAUUGCAGGACUGUCGACGCAUUUGUGGGGUAGUAUAAGUUCUGGGAAACCACUUAAGAAUUGGAGAUGGACGUCCAGACUGAGAACCAAGUACAGUUUAUCAAGUUCGUACAGCUGGAAGCAGAUGUCCAAGUGUCAGCUGCACAAAGGGGAAGUCACCAGUACAAUUCUCUCGAAAGACAAUUCGUUUCUAUUGACGACAAGUAAAGACAAAACGCUCAAGCUGUCAUCGACUCAAGACGUGGCUCACUAUCGUGAUGUUUCUGGGAAAUUCGCCUUGUCAUGUUGUGAUAUUUCUCCAGACGAGAGCGUCGUUCUCGUUGGGUCAUGGGACAACAGUGUGUACAUGUACUCGACCUCCACUGGACAAGUAUUAGACAAAGUAUUCGCGCACUCGGAUGGGAUCUCAGCUAUCCGUGUCCUUCAAGACCGAUUCGUCACGAGUUCGUGGGAUUCGAGUAUUAAAUUCUGGCGCUACACGUCACGAUUCAUCGUCGCUACACCUAUCCGAACGUUCCUUGACUGUGAAGAGUCCGUACUGUGCUUAGAUGUCAGUCGCGACGGUCGCUGUUGUGCUGCCGGAACUCGGAAGGGAGUGGUAUAUCUAUUCAACUUAAGUAAAGCAGUACUCUAUAGCAAAACGCAAGCCUCUUUGCAUGGCGGCGGCAUCUCGUCCAUUGCGUUCGCUCAAGACAACAACUCGUACGUCUGUGCGACAGUGCAGAGCGAGCUUCUGCACUUCAGUAUUAAAGGUGAGAGACUCUGGAGUAUGGACAUCCGUACAGCAGGUCAAGUGCGAUGCUUCGAUAGUGACGGCAAGUAUGCGGUGGGAGGCACCACAGCGGGCAAGAUCCUCUUCUGGAAGCUGCAAGAACAAGCAGGUACCGAGCUCGUCUAUGAGAUUCCUCAAGCUCACGGCGCGAGUAUCAGCUCUCUUGCUGUCGGUAUCUCUGGCUCAAUUAUCGUGUCUGGAGCUGUCGACGGCUCUGUUCAUGUCUGGAAGCUCCAGAAGAAGAUUCCUCUGCCUCGUCCCAGAAGUUCUCAAGCUUUAGCCAGACUACCAGUGGUGAAUUAUGGCUCCAUCCAGACAUCCAGUACUACUCCAACGUUCAGCAAGAAGAAAACACCCAAAGGCUACGUCCCCAACGCAACCGCACAACUUGCAGAAGCUGAGUGUUGGCUAGAGUUUUAA